UUCCUGUUUACCUCAUGGAAGUGGGUUUGGUCCCACACUGCUAAUGUUUAUAAAGGCUCUGAAGGGUCUCAUCUGAGCACUAGAACUGGUUGAAAUCUUCUGAGCAGCUUCAGUGGAGUAGAAAGGAGCCAGGCAUCUGGAUUGCCCUCUGCUUUUGAACGGAGAAGUCAGCGAAGAAAAUGAUGUAUUUGAAAGUUCUUUCUCUGCUUUUUGCUUCUUUGAGCUUUGUUUUGAUGGAAGAGAACAUCUCAGGCAUAAAUAUAAGGACUCCCAGUGCCCGACCAGUGCAAAAACGCUACUCUGAGGCCACCCUGGCAAGUGAUUACAGCCGCACAAUGGAUAACAUGCUGAAGAAGAACUUUGUGGAAUGGUUGCUAGCCAGGCGGGAGAAGAAAAGCGACAACGUGAUUGAGACAUACAAGAGAGAAGCUGAGCCACAAGUAUCAGCUGUGAAUGGCCAAAGCUUGGACCUGCGCAACCACGAACCCAAAGACUUCUUUGCUUGGCUUUUAAAAAACAAGAAAAAUCAGAGUUUUACUUCUCUGGGAGGUUCAGAAGAUUUGAAGGAUGUUUUGAACCAGGAGUUUCUGACAUGGCUAAUGUCGAUUGACCUCUGCAGACCAAGGACUGUAUAACUCCAGGACCCUCUCUCAAGGAGCUCUCUCUUCACUCUAUCGAUGGACUCACUAAGGUGGAAGAUAUUCUAUGUUCAUUCUGUUCUAUGCAUGUUGUCCACUUUGCCAAUGUAAGAAAUAAAGAUUUUAGCCUGAAGCUGAAAUA